UUUAAUUUUCCAAAUAUUAAAAAAUCUCGUCUUAUGCACUGCCGAAGCCCACUCCCCAUCCGAGCUCCGCCUCCCUCUUCAAAUCCAGUCGCUGAGCCGAGUAAGGAGAAGCCGGAAUCGUCGUGCGCUGUCGAGGAAGAAGGCUUCGAGCUCUUCGUCCCUCCCAUCUCCUCGUCGUCCCUCCCAUCUCCUCCUCGCCGUCGUCGUCUCACCAAGAUCUGUCGUCGAUCAUCGUGGCCACUAGCUGAGGUAAAUCGAGAAGAAGCUGCCUUCUUCCGUGCCAGUUGUCGUUCCAACCUUUGCGAUCGGGAUUGGGGUUUCUAGAUUUGGCCGUUGAUUUAUUUUCCCCAUCCUGCUAGAUCUUCCUUCUUCUCUGAUCGAACUCGUGGAGGUCGUACGUUUCAAUUCAUUCGAUUGAGACAUGGACCCCUACCUUCCAACGAUGACGAUGACGCCGACUCCCAAAGCCCUGAAGAUCCUCAAUUCCCUUUCCCCAUCUCAACGACCCAAAAACUCAAUCCAUGGCGUAGACUUUGGCCCAUCAAUCGGGGGUGUCUUUGUCGUAGAGGGCAAGAGCAUUCUCGAACCGUUUGUUCUCUUCUUUUGUCCAUCAUGUCGCUUUACUUUCUUUGAACAACCAGCUCGAGUUUUAGAGGUAGGAAGAUGGAGACAGGGUUUUGAUUCCCCUGCUCCUGGGUUGGCCUUUAUUUCUUGAGAGAAAGAGAGUGGGCGAAUUCCUAAAGAAAGAGCAGCAGCCAUU